AUGGCCACCAACGACAAGGACGUGACAUCAUCGUCCUCGGUGCCGGCCCUCGACGAUGAAUACAUUGAUUGGAACCUCUUGAUGGUGGAGGCGGAGGAGGAGUAUGAGAAGGAGAAAGCGAUUGCCAAUGACGAGGUGAUCACUCGCGCUGUCCAUGAGGCGAAACUCAUCAGCGAAGCCGAGGGAAAGUCGGAGGCCGUCGUCAAUGACGAGGCCAUCGCACACCUCUUGGCGGAGGAGGUGGAUAUGGGUGGCAACUUUGACACUGAUGACGGGGAGGAGGAGGAGGAUGAGGAGAUGGGCGGCUACUCUGACACCGAUGACGAUGAAGAGGAGGAGGAGGAGGAGGAGGAGGAGAUGGGCGGUGACUCUGACAUGACCGAUGACGAGGAGGAGGAGGAGGAUGAGGAGAUGGGCGGCGACUCCGAUAUGACCAAUGAUGACAUGAGGAGGAGGAGGAUGAGGAGAUGUGCGACUACGACAUGA